AUGCUGGCUGAGGUGCAACGUGUGGAAGCUUCAUACAAGGUUCUAGUGCUAGGCGACCAAGGCGUGGGGAAGACGUCGCUCCUGCACUCCCUGACUGGCAAACCGUUUCAAGACGACAUGUUGCCGACUGUAGGCAUGGACUUCACGAAAAAGACCUUUAAUGUCGAUGGCGCUGCAAUACAGCUAAUAAUUUGGGACUCGUCUGGUCAAGGUCAGUUCAGAUCCAUUAAUAAACAGCAGUACAAGGAUGUGAAGGGCCUGAUUCUUGUUUAUGACGCCACAGACGAAGCCUCACUGGACACGCUUAGAUACUGGACCUGCAGCCUACCACAAGAACUCAGCAAAUCAAGUGGGAAUUAUGAACCGAUACCCACGAUUGUUUGCGGCAACAAGUGUGAUUUGAGUACCAGCAAGAAGGUCAGCAGUAUCAAAGGUCAGAAGUUUUCAGAUGAAGAAAUGGCUUUCGGAUUUUACGAGGUGAGCGCCAAAACUGGGGAAAAUGUACAGGCUGCCUUCCAGAGACUUGCCUAUCACAUUACAGACAUAUGUCAUCCUAAACUG